CUGUAGAGUAAAGGCGCAAAGGCUGCUGUGCCGGCGGGGGGGCGCGCUCGCGUUUGUUGUGGAACGGACGCCAGGCGGUAGAAUUAACUUCGACUUAAUCAUCAUCUUUUAUUCCGGCGCCCCCCCGGGGAGGGGAAUCAUUUAGGAGGAUGGACACAGGUGGUGUUAUAGUACCGGUGGGAUGAGAGUCGGGAGAGUCUGCGAUUAUUUGAAGAAGACAAGAAAAAAAAUCGCAACGAGACCUUGGCGGAUGAUCGUUUUUCUUUCAUCCCACGAAGAAGAGUCGAUUAGCGAGUUCGGAUUGUGCCGUUGUGUAUGUCCGCCUCUGGUGAUAACAUCGCGACCGCGGCAAAAGAGCAUUGGAAACGUCUGAUAGGUGGCUGAAGCGAUGGCGGGAUUGUGAUGUCAUAGAGCGAAGCGCCGGGGGGCUGAGAAUUGGCGUUCGUGGUUUUUGGAUAGAAAAUUGGCAUUUCGGUUUGUUCUGGCGUCGUGAUCUCACCGAUGUGUGGUGUCGGUGUGGGGUCUGUACACCAUUGGUGCUGAGGAGGUAUGUCACCACGCUGAUUGCCAACAAAUGAACCAAAAAAACCCUUUGAACCUGUGCGAGACAUGUGACAUCAAGUUCCACAGCGCCAUGCACUUCGAUCGACACAUACGCUUUGACCUCCCCCCUCAAGGUUCCAUCCUGGCCCGGAACGUCUCCACCCGAUCGUGUCCCCCGCGGACGAGCCCCGCGUCUGAUGUUGAGGAGGAUGAAGAGGAGUUAAUAGAUGGAAAGGGAGAGAAUAAGGCGGCGGGGCUGAAGAUAACAAAGAAGAAGACACGGAGAAGACACACAGAUGAUCCAAGUAAAGAAUGUUUCACCUUAAAGUUUGACCUGAAUGUGGAUAUAGAGAUGGAAAUCGUCCCGGCGAUGAAGAAGAAAUCUCUGGGAGAAGUUUUGGUCCCGGCGUUCGAGAGGAAGGGGAUCGACCUGAAUAAAGUGGAUAUAUUUCUGGACCAGUCUAACACGCCUCUGUCCCUCAACUUUGAAGCGUAUCGCUUUGGUGGGCACUAUUUGAAAGUGAAAGCUAAGCCGGGGGAUGAGCUGAAGGUGGAGCAGGCGGUGAAGGAUUUCAGGUCGUUAAGUUUACCCAUCAUGAGGAACUUGGGGGCCACCUCCACCUUUAUCUUCAACCCGCCCAACGAGAGGGCCGACCAGUCGCCGUUCCGGAAGGAGAACCCCGACAUCUUGGCUCCUGGCAGAAGAAGGAAAAACAUGACCGAAUUUCUCGGGGAUGCAACUAUCCCCGUUCAAGAACCCAUCCAGAAUCUCAGCGGCUCCCUGCCCAACAACGGCAACGACACGUGGAAGAACCGAGCCGCCAGCCGCUUCAGCGGGUUCUUUGGAGCUGGUACUGGACCAUUUGGGAAGGAAAUCGAUAAAAUGGAGCAACUGGAAAGCAAGCUGCAUUCAUACAGCAUGUUCGGCCUCCCGAAGCUGCCCCAGCAGAUGUGCUUCGAUCAGGACUCCUGGGAGGAGGAUGAGGACGACACCAGCCUGAGCCUGGAGGAGAGCUGGCAGCAGAUCAUCGAAGUCCCGGAGACUUUAAGCAGACGUCAGUGCCACCAGCAGGAGGCGAUCUGGGAGCUGAUCCACACCGAAGCCACCUACAUCAAGAAGCUGAAGGUCAUAACAGAUCUCUUCCUGUGCUGUCUGCUGAAUCUCCAGGAAUCAGGACUUCUGUGCGAGGUGGAGCCGGAGAAGCUGUUCAGCAACGUGCAGGAAAUCAUCCAGCUUCAUCGAUCGCUCUGGGCCAACAUCAUGAUGCCGGUGCUGGAAAAGACGAGGAAGACCCGGAGCCUGCAGAACCCCGUGGACUUCCAGAAGGGAUUUAAAAUGUUUGAAUCUCUCUUCAAGCCGUAUAUCCGAUAUUGCAUGGAGGAAGAGGGCUGCAUGGAGUAUAUGAGGAACCUGCACCGGGACAAUGACUUGUUUCGGGCUUAUGUAACGUGGGCCGAGAAACACAAACAGUGCAAUCGCCUGAAGCUGAGCGACAUGUUAGUGAAGCCGCAUCAACGUCUCACCAAAUACCCCCUGCUGCUCAAAUCCAUCCUGAAGAAGACGGACGACCCUCAAGUCAGAGAGUCCAUCAUUGUUAUGAUAAACUCAGUUGAACGAUUCAUCAAUCACGUGAACUCAAGGAUGCGCCAAAGGCAAGAGCAGCAGCGACUGGCGGCCAUUAUCAGUCGGAUCGACUCUUACGAAGCCGUGGAGAGCAGUACAGAUGAGGUGGAUAAGCUUUUGAAGGAGUUCUGCAAGUUGGAUCUGACGGCACCCAUGAUUGGGACAUCUCCGGACGAGACACGACAGCUUCUGCUGGAAGGCAGCCUGAAGAUGAAGGAAGGAAAAGACAGCAAGAUGGACGUUUACUGCUUCCUAUUCACGGAUCUCUUCCUCAUCACGAAGCCGGUGAAGAAGGCGGAGAGGACCAAAGUGAUCCGCCAGCCCCUAUUGGUGGAUAAGAUCGUCUGCAGGGAGCUGAAGGACACAGGUUCCUUCUUAUUAAUCUACCUAAAUGAGUAUAGAAGCGCCGUGGCAGCCUAUACGUUUCAAGCCAGCGGCCAGUCCCUGUGCCGAGGGUGGGUGGAAGCACUUUACAACGCACAGAACCUCUUGCAACGAUUACGUCAAGAGCAUGUGCAAAGCCAGCAACAAGUGUCUCACCUUCCGGAAGAGGAGGAGGAUAUGGAAAGCGGGACCUCCACGCCCAGCUCACCGACCAUUCUACGGCGAAGCAGCACUGAUAUCCCACGCAGUCCUUCAGACAGCUCCACAGAAACCAUCUCGGUAGUGGUGGUGGACGCCAGUGAGGACCUCUCUUCCCCCGAGGCCGAACAAGGCCCAUUCGGCUCCCAGUCUGACGAGACCUCCAUUAGCACCACGGCAUCCUCCUUGACGCCCACCAGAGAGAUGUUCGAAAGUAUGGAGACAUCGGAGGCGAGUCCAUCGGGGGAUUCCAACUACCUGACACUGGAGCCCAACGGGUGUAGGUCCUCCUCCAUCGACAGCGCCUACGGGACCCUCUCCCCCACCUCGCUGGAGGAGUUUGUGGAGCGCCAACAACAAGAACUGACAGAAGAAGAGCGGGAGUCGGUGAGUUCCCAGCGUUCUAAUUCGUCCCCGAAGCUCAAGCGGCGAACCCCGGUCCAGCUCUUGCCGUGCAAGUCCAAGGUCCUGAAAUCCAAGUCAGAAGCCAGUCUCCUCCACCUGGUGUCCGUCGGCCCCACCGACCACGCCGACAACGACGACGAAACCCAACUUUCCCAAAGCAAAAGCCUGUGCGAACUUUUUAUGUCCCCGGGACCAGAACAUUUUAUGGAGUCCAACGGCCACGCCGACGGCAGCGGUUGGCAUUUUGCCAAAAGGACUAGCUUGGUGGAACGUUCGUCGAAGGACGUCGAGGAACACUUGGUAAAGCCCAGGUCCCAGUCGGACUGCACCAGGGUGCAAGUGGUCAACCUAAGCAGCUGCAGCAGCAGCUCCUCGGACCUUUCCGACUCGGGCGAGGCGAGGUUCUCCAAAGAUGACGAGAAGCUAACAGACCCGCUGUCUGACCAGCUGGACUCUCUCCCGGAGUUUGAGUUCGACCCGGAGUCCCACGUGUACGGCGGCUCUUUACCCGAACAGUGUGGCGAGGACAUUGAACUGGACAAUGCUAGCGCUCCUGGCUGUGCCAAGAGUACGAUGUCGGAUGCUCAGUCGGGGCAGCACAGGAAACUUACCCUGGCCCAGCUUUACAGGAUAAGAACCACUUUACUUCUGAAUUCCACUUUGACCGCCUCUGAGGUUUAAUGACGCUGAUCUGACCCACGCCUACCAGCAAUACCGGGAGAAAGGUGUAAAUAAUAAGACGGCAUUCACCAGGCGGAUGUUUACGAGGCUUCUCAUGGCGACAAUCAAUUCAAGAUGGCUUCUUCCGGAGGAACCUCCCGUCCCGCCACCUCCCCCGAAACGCAGCGACACGCGAGUGGCAAAGCAACUGGAUUCUUCCAAACGUUUUUUUUUUUGGAAAACUUUAUCAAUCCCCCCAAAACUAUGAACUGAACUUACGUUUGCACUUUGAGCAAUAAUGAAAAAAUGUUAAAAUAAAAAACUCCGAAGAGGAAAAAAAAAAACGGUCGCGGCAUAAAAUGUCGGAAAAUUUCAGCCAGUCGACGGACCGGAACUUUCCGGAAGGAUCCUGAGAUCUAUGCCUGGACUUGGAAACCCUCCCGCACCUGUCCUUUUAAUCCUGAGUCCCUUUCCAUAUUUUUUGAGCACUGCCGCUACGUCACUGCCGCCAUUUUGUCUCUUAGCGCAAGUAUAAUUCGCGCCCCAGAAAGGGGCGUUUCCUGAGGCGUUGGGAAGAGUAGAGAUUUAUUUUCUUCCGUUGGAGCUUCUGCUCUUCUUCAGAAAGCUUCUGUAUGUGACCAAAGUCUGGGGGUGACUCUCCUAUAGAUGUAGGGUGGCGUUACGACUUGGCGGCGUCACCUGGCGCCCAAUUGUCGGCAUCCAGGGAUGUUGCCGGAUGGGGUUUAAGCAAGUGAAAACAUUUUUUAUUACACAUACAAAGCCUCUUAGCAAAGUAUCUGAAAGAAGAACUGGCUGUGUUGCCCAUAGCGACUAUUUAAAGCCCCUCGUUGGGUUGGGUGGGGAUAGAAGGCAUGGUUGGGUCACGGAGGGGGCAGGUAUCCCGGUGGACCAGUAGGCACAUACUGCCAACCCUCGCUUGAGUUGUUCUACUACCCUGAGGGCAGAAGGAAUCGUCUAUUAGCACUCCCACGUUGCGGUAACGCAUGGGCAAGGGGCGUUACCAUAUUGGGGGGGGUGCCCAUUUAUUCUCAAUGGCACCCCAACGUACUUGCAUUGUGAUGUGCCCUACAAAAAUAGUCAAUGGUCUUUUUGGGAAGUUUGGGUGCACUGGCAGCAUACAAAGCGAGUUGGCGUGUAACAACGUAUUGGUGCCACGCAACUGUAAAUGGGACCUUAACGGCCUUUUGGGCUUGUGUCAACGGCAUUGGUUUGAGAAGCUUCUGAUACCAUUUAGGUCUUCUUCACAUGGGCACGAAGGCCCAUACAGCAAGCAGAGGGACCAUGGGAAUCCACCCCUUUACGGUUGCGUCCAUUGAUAAGUACCGGCCUGCUGACCACCACUGAUUGGGCCUCCAUGUCCACGUGAACGAGCGCUUUAGAAUUCAUGGACCUCUUUUUGAUCUGAAGUUGGCCCAAACCCAGGCGUCAAAUGAUAUCGGUGCCGCUGGCCCAUCCAGCUGCGGCCAUGGAGUUCUCCACCCGGCAGCUGCACGUAACAAAGGGGCAAGGGUGGUGGCUGAAGUCAUUAUCCAAAUAUGGCCAUAGUUGAGCGAUGCCAUUGACCAGAUAUGGCCAUGUGACCAUAAUAGGUCAAUGCUGUCACCAGCUGCCCUGCUGCCGCACAUAACCAAGGGGCGGGGAUGCUGGCUCAUGUCAUUAUCCACAUGGCCAUACUUGGACAACCCCAUUGACCAGAUAAGGCCAUGCGGCCAUGUUAGGCCAGUGGUGUUACCAGCUGGCCCAAUCAGCUGCAGCCACAGAAUUCUCCGCCCCUGAGAUGCCCGUAACGAAGGGAUGAGGAUGCUGGCUGAUGUCUUUAUCUCAAUAUUACCAGCUGGUCAUACUUGGACAACGCCAUUGACCAGAUAUGGCCAUAUUGGGUCAAUAGUGUCACCACCUGGCCCCAUUGGCUGUGAAUUCUCCACCCCAUUGGACAACGCCAUUGACCAGAUAUGGCCAUGUUAGGGCAAUGGUGGCACCAACUGGUCCAUUUGGCUGACUGAUGUCUUUAUCUCAAUAUGACCACCUGGUCAUACUUGGACAACACCAUUGACCAGAUAUGGCCAUGUUGGGUCAAUGGUAUCACAAGCAUUCCUGCCCCUUUAUUACACCUGCCUGGCGGGGGGAACGCCACGACUGCCGCUGUUUAGACCGGCAUCCUGCCAAUCCUAUUGGUUUGGAACCUUAGUUCAUCACUACUCCUGACCAGCUUCAAGUGGCUCUUGCUUCCCUAUAGACUUUUAUGGUUAUUUGAAACCCCCCUUGAGGCUAAACAAACAUGGCGGACACAGGGCCGUCAAUCCCUUCCUUUUUUACACCAUAGCAGUGUACAGGAUCGGGCCUGCAUGUGUGAUUGCGCCCAGAAAUGGCGCCCUAUAUACAAGACGCUGGUUGCGAUGUUUACUCAACACCCCGCCUUUGCUAUGCUGACCAGGGCCUGGGGGGGGGGGGGGCUAUGUAUAAAACGUUCGAUGUGCGGAUGUGUCAAAACAUUUCCACAAUCGGAGGUAAAAUUGCCAUACUUACCGGUAUGUGUGAACUCUAUAUCAGCGCCAUCUAGUGGCCACAAUAUAUAUAUAUUUUUCUUAUUUUAGCAUUAUGACCACUAGGUGGCGAUGGUGAUACGUGAAUGAAACAUAAUAGAGGAAAUACAGCAAUUUUUUGGCCCGAUUCGCACAGCGAACGUUUUAUACACGUAUAGAUUUAUGGAUACGAUUUAUAGGACUUCAGAACAUCCCGGCAUGCCUUGUUCUGUCCCCACAGCAGCCCAGGUGCGCUAGGCGGCCAUUUUUAUUUAUUUUUUUUGUAAGCGCACAGUGACAGUAUUACCCCUCCCCCACCCCCGGACACGGUGCUUGCCAACAUUUUAAAUUAUUUCUUUAUUUUUUUUUUCUUCUUGAAAAUAUUUGUUGAACUAAUCUUUUUUUUUUUUGUGACUUUAUUUAAACGUUCGAAGGGCACUUUAUUUGUAAAAAAAAAAAAAAAAAAAGA